CUGAUAGGUCCAACGGUUUUUUCUCCUCUCUUCUCUCUCAUUCCCAUCUCUCUUCAGACAGCAAAUGAAGAGACGCUUCUGCAAACACAUUCCUCUUCAUCGUCCCUACUCGCCAUGACAAUCUGAUUCGUUCCAGAAGGGGAUCAUUGAUUGAUUAUUGCGCUUUAAAAAGCGAGAAGACACAAAAAUGUCUAGCUAUGAGGGUGUAUUAGUUUCCGAUCCAUGGCUUCAAAGCCAAUUUACGCAAGUGGAGCUGCGUGGCCUCAAAGCCACAUAUGCUUCUGCGAAGAGUCAGGCUGGGAAGCUCACUGUUGGAUACUUGCCACCAGUUAUGGCCAAAUUGAAGGGCUUGACUGGGGUAUUCAGUGAAGAACAAAUUAAGAACAUGUUGAGCGAGUCAAUUCCUAAUGCAAAUGAAGAAAUUGAUUUUGAAUCCUUUCUUCGGGCAUAUCACGGUCUACAAUCAAGGGUCACGAAGAAACCGACUAGUAGUUCAAAAUUUAAAACCUCCACCUCUUUUCUCAAGUCCACCACAACAACACUCCGUCAUUCAAUUAGUGAAUCAGAGAAGGCCUCUUAUGUUGCGCACAUCAAUAAAUUUCUUCAAGAUGAUAAAUUUUUGUCAAACUAUCUGCCUAUGGAUCCAGCUACAAAUGCACUGUUUGAUCUUGCAAAGGAUGGUGUUCUUCUGUGUAAACUCAUCAAUGUUGCUGUCCCUAACACAAUAGAUGAACGAGCUAUUAAUACCAAGAAAGUUCUUAAUCCUUGGGAAAGAAAUGAAAACCAUACGCUCUGUCUAAAUUCUGCGAAGGCUAUUGGUUGCACUGUGGUUAACAUUGGCACGGUGGAUCUAGUUGAAGGAAGACCACAUCUCAUCCUUGGAUUAAUUUCUCAAAUUAUCAAGAUUCAAUUAUUAGCUGAUUUGAAUCUGAAGAAAACUCCUCAACUUAUGGAACUGGUGGAGGACAGUAAGGAUGUGGAGGAGCUCAUGUCCUUGCCUCCAGAAAAAGUUUUGUUGAAAUGGAUGAACUUUCAUCUGCAAAAAACAGGCUAUCAGAAGCAGGUUACAAAUUUUUCAUCUGAUUUGAAGGAUGGAGAGGCCUAUGCUCGCCUGCUCAAUGCUCUUGCACCUGAAUAUGGUUCAACUGCAACACUUGAAACCAACGAUCCUACUGAAAGAGCAAAUUUGAUUAUCGAGCAAGCAGAGAAAUUGGACUGCAUAAAAUAUGUUACUCCAACUGACAUCACAGAGGGGUCAACAAAUCUAAAUCUUGCAUUUGUUGCCCAAAUAUUCCAACACAGGAAUGGCUUAUCUACUAACACCACAAAGACGACGACUUUUGCUGAGAUGAUGACAGAUGAUACUGAAACUUCUAGGGAAGAGAGAUGCUUUCGGUUGUGGAUUAACAGCCUUGGAAUUGAAACAUAUGUCAAUAAUUUAUUUGAGGAUGUUCGAACCGGAUGCGUUCUCUUGGAAGUCCUUGACAAAGUAGUCCCUGGAUCAGUUAAUUGGAAGCUAGCUACAAAACCUCCAAUUAAAUUGCCAUUUCCUAAGGUUGAGAAUUGCAACCAAGUUAUAAGGAUUGGAAAAGAAUUAAAUUUGUCACUUGUGAAUGUAGCUGGGAAUGAUAUUGUCCAAGGAAACAAGAAGCUCAUAGUAGCUUAUCUUUGGCAGCUGAUGAGGUUUAACAUGCUCCAACUAUUGAAAAACUUGAGAUCUCGUUCUCAAGGAAAGGAGAUAACAGACAAUGACAUAUUGACUUGGGCAAACAGCAAAGUGAAGAGUGCAGGCAGGACAUCUCAAAUGGAGAGCUUCAAGGAUAAAAGUCUUUCAACUGGAGUUUUCUUUCUUGAACUUCUAAGUGCUGUGGAGCCAAGGGUGGUGAACUGGAGCCUUGUGACCAAGGGGGAAACAGAGGAGGAUCAGAAGGCCAAUGCCAAUUAUAUAAUCAGUGUUGCCCGGAAGCUUGGAUGCUCAAUCUUUUUAUUGCCAGAGGACAUAAUGGAGGUGAGACAGAAGAUGAUCCUCACUCUCACAGCAAGCAUCAUGCACUGGAGCUUGCAGAGAAAAGUUGUUGUUGAAGUUGUGGCGGAGGAAGGCGAAGGAGAGGGAGAGGCUGAGCCUGAAAAUGAAUAGUUGUCUCCACACAAUCUUCAAGCAGCACCAAAUUUAAGAUGAGGCAAUAGAAAAGAUAACUAUAGUAGUUCAAUUCUCAAAUUGGCAACUUAUUCAACAUCUCCAAUAAUGCUGUAAAAUUUUGUACAAAAG